CGCGCGCCUCCCCGCGGACUUGCGAGAGCGCGCAGAAAGUCUCCUACAAUGCAACGGUUUAGUUUGCACGCGGAAACCUGCCGUGUUACCGUAAACGCGAACGGCCGGUGAACGUUUGUGUCGCGCUGUGGGUUUGAGGCUUAAGUGAACAUGGCCGUGCUUCUCCACUGGGCCGCACGGGCUCCAGGUGCUGUGUGUCUGCUCUGGGUGCUGUGUCUCCGCGGAUCUUUGUCCUUCUCCGCCGGACACGGGGCCACCUGUGAGGAGAACGGCUCCGUGUACUACGUGGGUGAAUGGUAUUUCCUGGACUCCGACCCCUGUGCUCAGUGCGAGUGCACCUCCGGAGGGUCGCUCUGCGCGAGGACGGCGUGCACGUCCCUGCCAACCGCGUGCAUCCAUGUGAGUCAUUACCCGACCGACUGCUGCCCGAGAUGCGAGAAGAUCGGCUGCGAGUACCGGGGUGAAGUGUACGAUCUGGGCCAGGCCUUUCAGCCUUCAGAAUGCGAGCAGUGCACCUGUGACAGCGACGGCAUUGCCAGGUGUCUGGUAGCAGACUGUGCUCCACCCCCAUGUGUGAACCCAGCUUAUCAGAGAGGGAAGUGCUGCCCAGACUGUAAAGAUGGUCCUAACUGCUAUGUGGAUGGCACUAGGACCCAGGUGAUCCCGGGCGGAGAGACGGUGUGGGUGGACUCCUGCACCAAGUGCUGCUGUCAUGACGGGCAGGACGCGGGUUACUGGGAGGGGAAUCGCCUGGCCACCUGCACCAGAGUCCAGAACUGCACAGCUGGCAAAGGACUCAACUGACUCAACAUAUGUGUGCGUGUAUAUAUAGCGCUUAUAGCUUUAGCAGACAUGAGGUGUAUUCUUAUAUAAGAGGUUAAAUGACUCUGAAUAUUACUUUGGCCUUGUUAGUCCUAAUUAAGCUCCAGUGUGUAGACUAGGUGCUGGCGGUCUUAGGUGUCGAUUAAUAAAUUAGGAGCUGUGUGUCCGUCUACUGGAGCAGCACCUGGACAUUACACUGUCAUUGCAAGGAGUCUCUCUCCUGCUAUUGCAUAUUUUGACUCUUUGGGGGAGAAAAGGUUACGCUCAUUUCUUUUCAUUAUGUGUCACUGUCAUUGACACAAACGUAUGCACAGAGCUACUAAUAGUUUGUGCACUACAAUGUCUGUAAUUUCCCUUCUAACCCCUAACCCUAACCUAAACGCUAACCCCUAACCCUAACCCUAACCCUAACCCCUAACCCUAACCUAAAC